CUUCAUAGCUGCCCUCGCAUCAUAACGUCUCACGUCUACCCAUACCAGUGGGAGUCAAACUGCAGGGGAAUACGGAAUGGUUAUUUCAUAGUUCGCGGUUCUUGCCACAGAGGUAACGCGCCACUGUCAUUGCCACUAAUACUCUACUGCUAUUAUUACUAGGUUCAUAAGAAAUCCCACAAUGAUCGAACUAAAGUUUUCGACGAAUUUUUGACGUCUUUUAGUUUGUCCCUAAAAUGCCAGACCUGAAGGCGUUGAUAUGUAUAACUUACGUCACUGACACGUUAAACUGAAAAUUUUUUAAAGAAACUUAGGGUAAUUGAAUUAAAACGCAAAAUUUAUUUUCUUUUCAACUUCUUGCUGCUUUAUUUCUAAAAGUAAAUUGAGAAGGAUGACCUAGCGAAUAAAAAGCCUAUUGUUGGAGAUCAGCCCGGGGGUAGGGGGACUUCCCAUAUGAAAGGGGCGGGGAUGCUCGAUGGAAAUUUUGAAUUAAACCCCUAAAAGAGAUCAAUCUGGGCGUGGCCCAACCUUUUUUUAACCCCUAAAAGCGAUCAUUUUAAACUUUGAUUACAUGAAUCAAGUAAAUAAAACGAAUUGAAAAUAUAUAACUUUUUAAUAUUUCUGCGAGUGCAACCCUAAAAGAGACCUUUACGGCUAAAUAUAAUGGACGUGUUUUGCCCAGAACACCCUAAGCGAGACCAAAAUCUGAAAUUUACACCCUUAAGCUAGACUUCGAGCAUCCCGGCCCCUUUCAUAUGGGAGUCCCCCCCGGGAGAUCAGCUUCCUUAACUUGUCCUUCUUAUUUCAAAGUGCAUUGUUUAUCUUUUCACUUUUAAUUUUAUUCUCCUAUUUUCAUAAGUUUUUGACAUGCAUGACAAUGGUGAAUGUGGAACCACUUGGAAAUCAACGAGUUACAGUAAGUAAUUUGUGAAUUCAUGAAAUUUCCGGUAAAAGAAAUACUAGCUAUUCGUAAGUACUAUACUAGCUCUAAAAAGGUAUCAUUAAUCUAUCCAACUACGUAAAAAAAACGACAAAUCACUAAAGAUGCCAAAUCUUGCAACCAUGCAUGAUCUACAUACCGUCCCCAAAUUUUGCCCUAAAGACCUUAUAUGGGGAGGCAAUAAAUGCAUUCUUUCAAUCUAUGAGGCCUCCCUAGCUGUGUACUGCAUCUAUUAAUUAUUAUCAUCUGCUGCCCAUCCCUAUUAUUAACCACUUCUAUUUCAGCUGCCUGGAACCCACUGUUACCACUUUUUUGUCUCAUGGCGGCCAUUAGAUUCAUAUCACUACCGCUUUAAAGGUUUCUUCCUGCGUGAAUUUCUGUAGCGACUCCAAAACGAAAAACCAAAAGCAUAAUGCACGCCUUAAACCCAAAGUGCACUUCAAACAAUUUACCUAAAAUUCUAAACAUACGAUAUAACAGCCCAUUGACUGAGAGCAAAGCUAAGUAUUACAAUCGUGUUCUAUAUUUCAGGUUCAAAGCGAUUGCUCUACGGAUACCCUUGUAAUAGUCUUGGAAUAUACCACAACAAGGAAGGACUCCUAUUUGUUAAAUAA